GGCUAACAUUAAUUGUUUGGCUUUGCGCAGCACUAGGCGGCCAAAAAAAGCGGGAUUCUGAAUUUGGAGUUAAUGCAAAUUAAAUUGUGUGCAAAAUUAUGGAGACGCCAAAGGGUAGUGGAUAUUCCACACGCCCCGAGCGCACGCCCACCCCCCGAUUGUCUGAGCGUAAGAGGCAAUUGUUUCGCAGCCGCAGCACCAAUCUGGAUCAGUUUGAUGACGACGAGGACGUUCGAAUCCUUGGAAUUUCACCACUGAAGCCCCAUGCCAGCUCCAAGAAGCCCAGCCAACUCAAGUUUGAUCAGGAGCCUGAGGGCAGCAGCACGAGCAGUUCGCCGGAGACCAACAAGGAGAACAAAAAUAUACGUGGAGGCGGAGGAGUUGUCGUGGCGGCCACCGAACAGCUGCCGCUUUUGUUUAACAAAACAAUGUGCAUCAAUAGCAAUAGCAAUAGCAGCAGCAUCAGCAGCAGUCCACGCACUCCCAGAGUGAAGAAAAAUCAUGUGAUUAUUUCUGAGUCGGAUGACGAUGGAGGAGAUGAUGAAUCUGGAGGCAAUGGCAAUCCAAUCCGUCGAGUGGCCAUAAAGCGCGUGCACACAACGGAUACGUCAGCAGUGGCUGCUUCGUCUCACGAUUCGGAUACGGGUUCGCCGGGAUCUAAGCAGAGGAGGACCAACCCGGAGGGGAGCAUUCCAACCAUGGCAUUCUAUUCCCACAGUGCAACACCCAGCUGGACACCGAAAUCGGGCAGGUCGAGGCAACAGAAAGAGCAGCAGGAGCGCAGUGGCAAGGCGAAAACCUCACCAACAUUUCGGCCACGGUUGGGCAUCAAUAAGGGAGUGAGCCACAAAAUACGGAAACCAAAUCGCCUCGUGCCGCACCAUCACUUGCCUCCCACCGAUAUUGAUCUACUUCUGGGCUCGCUGCGCAAUGAGAAGCUCAAAAAUCUGAUCACGAAAAAGCGGGAGGAGCGCGCCCAGGUGGAGCAAGUGCAUCAAAUCCUGCACAGUGCUCGCGAUCCAAUUAAGAUGGCCAAACCGUUGAGUGUGAUAGCUGCCGAUGAUGCCAACAACAAUAUGACCGAGGGUACGUGGGAACAGACCUCUGACUUCUCCGAUCUGAGUGAAGACGAGGAACAACAGUCCGAUACUGCUGUGGAGCUUGAGCCCAUUAUACCGCUGAUACGCCAUGAUGCGGUCACCGUCUCCCCUCCCGAGCCGACAGACCUGAGCAAGCGCAAGUUCUUCAAGUCGGGCAGGAAGAGCAGCACGUGCAUGGAGGUCAGGAUCACUGACAACAUCAAAGCCAGUGUGAGUCACGGGCGGAUUACUCUGAUCCAGCCCCCCGUGAAGAAGGCACGAAGAGUGCGCGUCAAAUCUGCCACAUUAUUCUCAGCGGAACAGGCCACAGUGGAUGCAAUUCUAAGGAAUCUUAAUGACACAGUCGUGGACGAGAUUAUCGAAUCGAGUGAACCAGAGCCCAAGCCGACGGCUGCUCCCAUUGAGGUGCAGGAUGCUGCCAUGAAUGUUGAGGAUGCUGCCAUGGAGGUGGAGGAGGCCCCCGAACUUGUGCAAGAGUCAAUAGUAACUGAAAGUGUUCAAGUACACGAUCAAGACUCCGUUCCCGAUCCCUUUGAUAAAUUCCGGCAGCGACUGCCUUACAACACCGAUGAUCCAGAGAUCAUGGAACAGCAGCAAAUUCUGCUCGAGUUCCUGAUUAGCAAUAACAUCUGCACGGACGAGUAUUUCGAGUAUUUUAUUGGCGAUCCCGAUAGCCACAAAGAGGAAGCCACACGGAUUGUCGAUCAGUUGUAUAUGGUGGUCCAAGCUGAACAGUCGGCCCAAGAAGCUGCCAUUCGAUCCGAGGCAGAAGCAGUGAUGGAGGAGAAGUCAGAAGUGGAGAUGCAAAAGGUGCCAGAGUCGGUGAUGGAGCAGGAGCCAGAAGUGGAGAUGGAGAAGGAGCCAGCGCCAAAACUCUUUCCCAUAUUCACACAACGUCUCCAGCCUGUUCCUCAGAAAACCACGAGACGAAAGCCGGACACCUCGAUGCGAUUGCAGUCGGCGGCCACUGGGUCCAAUCAGUAUCAAAUCGACGCUGGACAGAAGGCAUUCGGAGCGAGGCAAUGUCAGCAGUGCGGUUUGGUUUACACCGUCCACGAGCCAGAGGAGGAGAAACUGCAUCGCGAGUACCACAGUUCCAUACAUAUUUUACGCUUUAAGGGCUGGCUCGACGAGGACAUUGUGGCCGUCUGUCCAGAGUGGUCCAACGAUGGACGGAUUAUACGCAUUAAUGAACGUGCUCCUGCAGUGCGCCUGGACAGGUUGAAGGCCAUAAUUGGUGUGGUGGAUAAGGAGCUGGGAUAUUCCUCGUACAUUGUGCCAAAGGAAUUUUACGCCUUUUUCGCCAUACAGAAGCAGCAAAUUGUGGGCUUUUGCCUGGUGCAGCCCCUUGCCCAGGCACAUCGCUUCAUUCAUGUCGAUGGAACGGACUACUUUAGCGAGGAGACAUACGAGGCCAGCUGCGGCGUGUCUCGCAUUUGGGUGUCUCCUCUGCAUCGCCGUCAAGGAAUAGCCAGCCAGUUGAUAAGGACUGUACAGAGUCAUACCAUCUUGGGACAGAAAAUCUCCAUGGAUCGUAUUGCUUUCAGCACACCAACAGACGAUGGGCGGGCGUUGGCGCGUUAUAUUACGAGAACCGAUAAUUUUUUGACCUACGACCAGUGAUGACAAUCAGGAAGGUAGCGAGCAAGGGGAAAUUGCCCGGGCUAUUGAAUAGCUGGAGUUAUGUAUGUUUGAUAUAGGAGUGCAUCGGAACCUGUUUUAGUUGUUAAGCCAGUUCGAUUAUGCGUUUAUUGUGUGUAAUUAAAGCUAUUUUCUAUUAA